UUUAAUGAAUGCAACAUUAGUUUUUUUCUAAUCAAGACAAAUUUCUCAUAAACGGGGUAGGUGAAUGAGAAAAAGUAGCUGAAAAUAUAUUACCAGAGGGUGACAAGAUGCUUCUUUGUGAUGUCACUGCUGCCAUAGAAACUAUGUGUGCACACAAGUGAAAAUGACAUCUGGCAGCAGAAGAGCAUGGAAAGUUGAGAGAGGAGGCAACAUCUUCAGUCUGGCAGGGUCAUCAAAGCAGUUCAGCUGAUAAGGAACAACCUUACAGUCCUAGGUACAAUUCCACUUCCAAGCCUCAGAAGAUGUCUCAGGAAGUUGACUGGUUACACAGCCAAGCAGGUGUGUGUAAGGUAGAUCUCUAUAAUCCUGAUGCAGGAAAGGACCAGGACCGCAAAGUGAUUUGUUUUGUCGAUGUCUCCAGCCUGAACAUUAAACAAACAGAUGAUACAGAUAAAGAUGCUGCUGGCCAGUCUAAAGGCAGUGAAUCUGUCACAGGACUUGAUCUGGGGAAAAUGCAGGACAAAGAGGUCAUAGUAAUAAAAGAUAGUGAGACACCAGAACAGUCUAAGACAGAAGGAGCAGUUUGUCUGUUUAAACAAGGUUCAACUGAAGAACUUAAUGUUGUGACCUGGCUUUUUGAUGACCUGCAAAAAUAUGCAUGUGGAUUUCAACAUGCAUUGUCCCCUUCAACUGCCCCUCGUCAACAAAAGCCAUCAGCAGCUGACAAGAUGUCCCAGAAUAACAACAAUACAGCUUUCAAGGCUUCUGAAGGUCAGAAAGGACCAUCAGAUGAAGUAGCAAGCACUGUUCAAAAGCUGUGUACUUUGGUUAUGCAAAUGGCAAGUAAAGAGAUCUCUGAAAAUUUGGAAGAUGCUGCCAGCAAAUGUAUACGCCAGGCAAUUUAUGCCACUAAAGAUGGGAAAGCUCUAAAUCCCUCUGGUUCUAAGGAUGAGGGUAAAGGACUCCCCAAGAAAACAUCCCUUUUUUAUGGUGAGGUGUGUUCCAACCAAAGCGAAUCAAUACCAGAUGAAGAUGGAAAAUCAACACAUGCCCACUUGAUACAUCCAAGGAAACAGUCAGCUCGCAAUGAUAGUUCUUUUAACAAAGGGCUAAUGGUAUAUGCAAACAAAAAUGCUAAGGAUAUGACGUUUUCAUUUGUGAAUGCCACCAAGAUACACAAGAGGCAACCACUCCCAGCCUGUGUGAUUCUGAAGAGAGUGUUUCUCAAACACACAAAGGAUGUCAUAUCAGAUUUAAUUGACUCUACCAUGAAAAAUCUACAUAAUGUCACUGGAGUCCUCAUGACGGACUCAGAUUUUGUUACAACAGUGAAGAAAAAUCUUUUCAAUGCAGGAACCCAGAAGUCAACUGAGAUUUUAGAAGCAAUGGUAUUAAGAAUGUAUAAUGCUUUGACGUCGGAAACUAAGGAGAGAGGGCAUAGUCUUGUAUACUCUUUAUUGAAAACAGGAUGUUCGUUAGAUCCCAAUUCUCCAAAUAUGCACUUUGCAUCUUUGAAAGGUGGGGUGCAUAUGAGGGAAAAGGUAAAGCAAGAAGCAGGACAGACAUCAGCACAAAAAGUAGGUGAAACAAUAAUUAAGGAUGGAAUUAGCAUGCUGAGAUCAAGAACAGGAGGCAAAGGCUCAGAAAGGGGAUGUCAUGAUAAGAGGCCAGAUAAAAGUAGCUCUACAACUGAGUUUCUAGCAAAAGACCUCAUUUUGACAGCUUUAAUGUUGAUACAGCAACAUCUCUUAACUCAAUACAAAGAGCCCGUUUCUGAGUCAAAUACAUCUUCAUUUGGAUUUUAUGAAAAGGGAGGCAAACAUGGUUCUAAAUCUCAUAGUUCCAGGAGUGAUCAACAACAGCAAGAAUACCAGAGGGGAGAAAUACAAAGUGCCCUUCUAUCAAUCAUCCAGAAGGUCCUACAAGAGGCUGGUUUCAAUGUAGAUGAGUGUGAAAUAAGCAAGAGUUCCAAAGCAAACUCGUAUGAUGAUAGAUCUGCCAGAAAACCCACACCCAAACAGAGUGGUUCAGAUGUGGAUUCUGAAAAUAUGGAUCAAAUAAACAAGAAAUUCAUUGAUCAGCUGAUGGAAUCUGUGAUGAAGCUCUGUAUGUACAUGACUAAAAGCCCUGAUUUUAAACCUCCACGGGCUAAUAUUGGAAAACCACUUGUGCCUGCUGGUUCUGAGGUGAUAGUAAACAACCAGAGUUCCAACACCAGCUCACAGAACAGAGAGCUCCAGGCUGUCCUCCAGUGGAUGGCUGCCUCCCAUUUCCAAGUUCCCAAUCUCACUUUCAUGAAUGAGAAUGAUGAGGAGCUGAAGAAACUUCCUCAACUGGCUGACAAAGCAGCCAAGAAGGGUGCAAGUGUGGGGGAUAUUUUGCAGGAGGUAAUGAGGUAUUUCGAGAAACAACAGGUUGAUGCCGCUGUGGGAAACAUGCCUCGUAGCGGACUACUUGACUGGUUGCUUGCUAAUCUGUAGACAAGUACCAACACCUCCCUCUCAUUGCUUCCACCCAGCAAA